AUGUCAAAGCGAAUUCUGAAUAUUGAAAAUUCUAGUGAGAUUCAUAAGUGUAAAGUAAGUUGAGCUGAACUUCCAAUUUUAAAUAUUGGUAUUUUAAAGGGUUUGGGGAAAUUAGCUGCAUACUAGGGUUAGAAAUACUCAGGAAAAAAUUGUUGAAAAAAUUUGAACUUGCAGAAUUCCGGUCACCUUAUUUUACUCUUCCAAUAAUGUUAUCCCAAGAUUGGAAAAAUUCGAAUAUUUCCCAUACCUGUGAAAAUUUUUAUUCAUUUUUCAGAAACCAAAAUUUUCCAUCGAUGAUUUAUUGAAUACUUCAUCUGAAAAUGACGAAGAAGCUGAAAUUGAUGAAGAAGAAGAUUUGAUAUGUCCAUCGAGUUCAGCGACUGAAAAAGAAAAACUUCCUGAAAAAACAAAACAAAGACCGAAAAUGGGAAUUAAAACGAAGGUUGGUCAGAGUUUAAAAAAUAGUUGAAAUUUUGGAAAGCUUCUAGAAAUUAACAUUUAGUUCUAAAAAUUUUAAAUAAAAAUGCAUAGUUCAAGAUUCAGUAACGAAUAGUCUUGCUCUUUGAAAAAAUGCGAACUAAUUUGCAAAAUUGAAUUCUAUUCACUAGUAUCUAAUAAUUGUAACUAAUUACAAAUAUUUUUGCAGGAAGGAAAUCUACAAGUUGACUGUAAACUCGAAGGUUCCGAAUUAUGGGCAAAAUUCUACGAUUUAGGAACUGAGAUGAUAAUUACAAAGAGUGGAAGGUUAGUACUAAUAUUCUUUUUUUCUAUCCAAUGUUUUUUUAAUUUUCACAAGUGCUUCUUCUUUUUUCUCAUGAUUAUACUAAUUGUGUUUUCUUGUGUUGGCUGUGACAAAUUUGGUGUUUUAUGGGGUCCCAAAGGAAGAAACACACGAAAAAAAACGAGAGGAAAAGAGCAAAAAUAAUGUGUUGAAAAUAGAGUUUUUUGAGUUUUGAGAGUUUGAUUUUUUCUUGAGAUUGUUACGGUAGUCGAAUAUUCUAUUGGAAAGUCGCAAAAUGAAGCGAGAAACUAUCAAGAAGUUAAUGAAUUCUUGAGUGAAAUUGCAAAAUUUUUAAUGUCUGACGCACACCUCGGCCAAGCCGUGGCUGGCCACAGUACAAUUUUUGGAAAAAUCUGAAUUUCAGUUUUUAGAGGUCAAAAAUUGAAAUAUCACAAUUUUUAGAGGACAAAAACUGAAAAAUUCACAAUUUUUGUACUGUAAAAACUUAGCGUACAAUUUGUUAUAUUGGAAACCACGAUUUUGGCCGAGGUAUGGUCUGACGUUUUUCAAAUAUUUAUUCAAAACUACCAAGCUGGUCAUCAUUUUUUUAAUGACAAGAUUUAGGAACCCUUAGAAUUUUUGGUAUUUUUGAAUGAGACCAGGACAUUUGAAUUUUUCUGGAUUUUUAAGGUAGAUAAAGCGGAAACCUCAAAAUACGGACUCUAUUUAAGAAUUAGAGAAUAGAAAUAAAAAAACUAACUUCGUAUUCGUAUCUAAUACUUUUUGAGCUACAUGAAUUUGUUCUUUCUGCUUCUUGCUCGAAAUAUUCAAUUUCCGAAAAAAAACUUUCUAGAUCCUCCAAGCGCCUGUUCUUUUAAAAAUCCACUGGAACUUAAUAUUUCAGAAAUAAAGUUUCUCAAAAAUUAUUUCCAGAAUUCUUAAUUUUCAGUGUUCACCAAGGGCCAUUUUUCCAAGUCUUUAGGUAACACAUUUCAAAAAUCGAUGAAAUUCUACAGUACUCUUCAUUUUCUCACAUUCUUCUUCGCAUCUCUUUUCUCUCUUUCUCUUUUUUUUCUCACCAAAUAUCCAACCUACAGUAUCCUCUCCUCCACUAAAUAACUAAAGACAAAUUCAAUCAGUGAAUCACAUAAAUGACAUUUUGCUGUUGGGUUUUUUGGCGUUUCUUGAAUUGAUGGCUAUUUUAUGUGAGUAGGGAAAAAAAGAAAAGAAGCAAAAUGCCGACGAAUCCCAACAAAAAUAUUAUUAGAGAAUCAGAUGAAAAAACGAGAAUAAAAAAAGGAAUACGGUAUUCGGAUAAAUUGAAGCAUAAAUUGAAAGGAAUUUUCUUAAAGGAGAGGGGAUGAAUGUUUUAUCAUAAGUUCUGCGAGAAAAAUCGACUACCUUCUUAAUAAUCUUAAUAAUUUCUGCAGACGAAUGUUUCCAACAGUCAAAGUAUCAUUUUCAAAUGUUUGUUUGGAUGCACUUUAUUAUGUAUUUCUUGAUGUUAUUCCUGUUGAUUCAAAACGUUAUCGAUAUAUUUAUAAUAAAUCAGCUUGGUUGACAGCUGGAAAAGCUGAACCUGUGCCUAGAAAUCGUCUCUACCUUCAUCCGGAUUGUCCAUUCAGCGGUGAUCAGCUGCUCAAACAUGUUAUAUCAUUUGAAAAAACCAAAUUGACGAAUAAUGAGGUCGAUAAAACCGGACAUGUUAGUUUCCCUUAUAAAAAUAUUCAAAAAGAUUUUAUAAUAUUUUUUUUAGUUGAUUCUCAAUUCGAUGCAUAAAUAUCAACCUCGAAUUCAUAUUGUUCAACGGCCAAAACAAUUACCACUUGAUCCAAAUAAAGUGGUAUUAUCUGAUGAACUUCAUGCAACUUUUACAUUUCCUGAAACUCAAUUCAUGGCUGUAACUGCUUAUCAAAAUCAACUUAUAACAAAGCUGAAAAUCGAGAAGAAUCCAUUUGCAAAAGGAUUUCGAGAUCCGAGUGGGAGAUCUCCAGAUGAUUUGUGAGUUUUUAUAGGCCAGAAAAAAACUCGAAAAAUUCAACUGCUUUUCACGCCAAAUUAUUUUUUUAGAGAACGUCCAAAUGAUCUAACUCCUCUAAUGUUUUAUCAACAAUCAACUGCUCUUCAACAAGCUGUUCUUCAACAGUAUUUCUCCAAAACUUUUCAACAAAUCAAUCCAUCUCUAAUUUCCCAAAUGCUUUUUUAUGCAAAUAAUUGUGCCCAACCAUCUACUGAUAUUCCUCCAACUGUUACCGCCACAGCCGCUGAUCUUUGA